AUGGGCAUUAGGUUACCAGACGAGGCAAAGGUGCUCCACCCUCCAGGGAUCGUGAACAGAAACUCGGUGUGGCUCGCCGGUAUCGGCUGGUGCACAGCUAUGUUUCACAACGGAAUAAACCAUAGGCCGCCGCUGAAGUCAGGUGUGCAUCGACAGGCUCUCCUGGCUACUAUUGGUUGGUUCAUUGGCUAUCAUUUGACUAAAAUUGAGAACUACACCUACGCAAAACGUGACCAUGAGAUGUUCGGUUAUGUUAAUCUUCAUCCAGAGAACUUUGCACCAAAGGAGAAGAAGACCAUGGCUGAAAUCGUUGAACCCUUUCAUCCUAGAGCAGCAUCUACUACCACAAGUUCUCGGAACAGCUCUCACUCUCGCCGCUAUCGCACACGGGCCUCAAACUCUGAGGUCGACGAGAGCUUGUUUGGGAAACCUGCAAGUAAAUCAGAAAUCCCAAAUAAAGACAAACGUGGUAAAUCAGCGCCCAAUCCAAGAAAUCAGACGAAAAAUCACAACAAAAAUGGUGAAACCCUUCAAAUCAUCACCAAGGACCUUAUUCGAGAAGUCAGGGUCCCAUGUAAGGAUCCUUCCGGAAAAUCAACAAUUCUACCUGCAUCUGUGUUGAACCAGAGUCUUCGGGUUCUGACCAGUGAAGAGAUUCAAACCAUUAAGGAAGCUUCGCUAAAAAAGAAAGAAGCCGAAAUUGCAGCAGCAGAAGAGAAAAGGCGAAUGAUCAUUGAGGCAGAUUUGUCCAAACUGGCAAAUCCAACACUGACAGAAGAAGAACUAGAGGCCCGGGAGCGCACACAGCGUCUGCUGGACCAGGCCCACUCCCUCAGGAUGGAGCAGGAGGACGAGAUCAAAGUCCUCAACAGACUGAUUCUAGAGGUAAAGUGUCAAGCCUCCAGAGAUGCUCAGAUGCAGGAGAAAGCUGAGAUCCAAUUGGAGUUGAGUGAAGAAGAAAGACGUCUGGAUGCCAUGAUGGAGGUGGAGCGGCGCAAGGCCCUGGAGACGAUAGAGAAGAUCGACGAGCUGCGCAAGAUGCAACGAUACAGAGGAAUGCAAGAAGUCUGCGAUCAAAUCAGAGAGCGAGACGAGGAGCGUCAGUUUGAAAGUGAAAUGAAAGAGUUGGAGAAACUGAAGCUUCGAGAGAAUCUGGAGAUGAUGAACUCAGAGGACCGUCAGGCUUUGGAGAGGAAGAAGAAGGAACAGGAGCAGCUUCAGGAGGAGAUCAAGAGAAUCAACACUGAGACUCUGAGAGCAAAAGAAAAGCGGAGAGAGGAGGAGCAGCUCGCAGACUUAAGAGCACUGGAGUACAUCAAACAAAAAAUGGAACGUGAAGCCAAACAUGAAGCAGAGCAAAAACGUCUGAAGAAAGAAAAGGAAUUGGAAAUUGCCAGGUUGAGGGCACGGCAAGAGAAAGCUAAAGAUUAUCAAGCUGAGCAGGAUGAAAUACGAGCACGAAGAAAUCAGGAAUUUAUGGACAGAGAGUGGAGACGAAAAGAGAAAGAAUUGGCACGAAAGAAAUCCCAGGAGCAGGACAUGCUGAAGGCUGCCAGGGCUGAGCAGGUGCACUACAAAGAACAUUUCCAGUCGAUCGAGGCUGGCCGGGAAAAGGCCGAGUUCGAGAGAGUUCUCAGAGCACAACAAGAGGCGAUCGUCAAAGAAAAGCAGGAAGAGGAGAAGUUACAAUCAAAACUGCUGAGAAAUGCAGAGGUCCUCCGUCAGCAGGUGAGAGAGCGCGAGCUGUCGGCCGUGGCCAAACGCAAGCAAAAGUUCAAAGACUCAGAGAGGCUGAGUGAGGAGGCGCGGCUGCGGAGACUGAGGCUCGGGGAGAUCAAGGAAAAGAAGCUGAACGAGCUCAGGGCGACCGGCCUCUGUGAGAAGUACUGCAGUGAGGUGCAGAGGAAAGCAGGGUUUUGA